AUGGCACAAGGACCAACAGAGAUCACCUCAUCGCAGCAAUUCAAGGACUUGCUCCGGAGCUCAACGCUUGUCGUUGCUGACUUCUAUGCCGACUGGUGCGGCCCAUGCAAGCAGAUUGCGCCCGUUUACGAAUCUCUCGCCAAGUCUCUCUCCCGUCCUGGAGCCCUCGCCUUUGUCAAGGUCAAUACCGAGAACAACAGCGACAUCUCCGCCGAGUACCAAGUGACCGCUUUACCAACAUUCCUCGUCUUCCGGGGUGGCAAGGUUGAAGAUACGGUCCGAGGAGCAGACCCGACUAAGCUCAAGAACAUUGUACAGAAGCUGCUCUCAGAAGUUGAGUCCAUGGGGGAGGCCAGUGGCAGUGGCAGUGGCAGUGGUGGCCAGUGGCUUGGUGCCGAUGUACCUCGAGGCUACAGGGAGAUUACUGAUGAGGUCGAGGUCAGGAAUUGCGAGAUUCUCAACGCGGAUGAAGAUUCUGGCACGGUGAAGACUCUGUUUGCGACACAGAAACCCACUGGCCUUGAAAAGGCGAGCACGUCGAAGGACUAUGUGCAGAGCGGCGCCGAUGAUCAGCUUCUCCUCUACAUUCCCUUCCAGUCCACCGUCAAACUCCACACAUUACAAAUCACGUCGCUACCUGCAGAAGGCGACGACGCCCCGGCCCGGCCUGGCGUCUUGCGCCUGUUCAUCAAUCGACCGCAGAACAUGGAUUUCAGCGAGGCCGACGACUCGGAACCAACACAGGCUAUCGAGCUUGGCCCGGAUGACUGGAACGCCAACGGCACUGCCAACAUUCCUCUGCGGUUUGUCAGGUUCCAAAAGACCAACGCAGUCAUCGUCUACGUGCAAAGAGGCGAUGGGGAUGCCGAGACUGUGCGCGUAGACAGGCUCAGAUUGAUCGGGGAGGCUGGGGCCAAGCGCGAGAUGGGCAAGCUUCAAAAAAUCGGCGACGAGCCUGGCGAGUAA